AAAGUCAUUGAAUGCGGCGCCGUUUAAAAAUUGCCCGUCAAACACUGUUUGCAACCAGGACUGUUGUUGCUAACAAACACAGUGGUGAAUCUGUUUCCCCAUUUUCAUGCAGACUGAAACCAAAUGGCCUACCAGACCCAACACUUCAGAGAAACUUUGCUUCCUUUUCGUGUGAAAUUUGCUGCUGCAAUGGCUCACAACUCGCUGCAAAGUAGCACGGCCCAAUCACAGCCAUGUCGAAAGGAUGCAUCACAGUCACCAAGUACUUCUUAUUCCUCUUCAACCUCCUCUUUUUUAUCUUUGGAGCGUUGAUCAUGGGCUUUGGACUGUGGAUACUCUUCGAUAAGGAAAGCUUCAUAGCGGUGCUACAAGAAUCUUCUGACACGGUGAAGGUGGCUUCGUAUAUCCUCAUCGGAGUCGGAUCUCUGACGAUGGCCAUGGGCUUCUUCGGCUGCAUCGGCGCCAUCUAUGAAAUCCGCUGCCUGCUGGGACUGUACUUCACCUGCCUUCUGCUCAUCCUCAUCGCUCAGGUCACUGCUGCUGUUCUCAUUUACAUACAGAGAGAUCCGCUGAAACACGAGAUGUCCGUCAUCAUUAGAGGACUGAUAGUGAACUACACGGGUCAGAACAAAACCACAGAGCACGCCUGGGACUUCGUUCAGAGGACGAUGAAAUGCUGUGGGUGGACUGGUCCAGGUAACUGGUCCGAGAACACUUUGAUCAAGAACAGCACGCAGUAUCUGUACUCCUGCUCCUGUCGUAACGACACCAUCCCGGGAACCGAGGUGAAAGAGUUUGGCCUUUGUGAGCGCCUGUCAGCACAGCCACCUGUCUUUGAAAUGGGCUGUAUAACCAGCGUGGAAAAAUGGCUGCUGGAUAACUGUGGGAUUAUCCUGGGGAUCUGUAUCGGGGUGGCUGUUGUGGAGCUCCUGGGGAUGAUCCUCUCCAUGUGUCUGUGCAAGAGCGUCGUCCAGGAGGAUUACACCAAAGUACCGAAGUACUGAGCCGAGCACGAAGCCAGCCAGUUCAACACAGAUGGACCGACUCCCCUCCGCCUCUCCUCCACACACACACACACAGCCACACACACACACAUAUAAAGAAAUUAAGACAGCUGUCUUCACCAUUUGAGGUUCUCGUGUCUCAACAGCUGUGCAGAUUUCUCACACACUCACCCAACAUGUCCCACACUCAGUAAUUCACACUCAGCUCUCAGUCAUCCUCGACACACACCAUGGACUCAUUUGAUGGGAUUUUUUUUUAAGGUUAAGAAUUUAUUGUUUAUGACGGAGUAUUGGGGCCAAACUCUGAAAAAAUUCAAGGUUUCCCCCUGUGUAUUAUAAAGCCGGUCCGCCAGGCUUUACUUGCCCCCCACCAGGCUUAUAAUACACAGGGAGAUCAGUAUAAAAUUCAGUACAAAAAUGACAAAAACACGGUGGACCGCCUCUGCGCCCCGACCACUGAGCUCAGCAAGUUUUCUGUAAAUUAAAACAGAAAUAUGGGGAAAAAGUCAUUUUUCUAGAAUUAAACAGUAGUAAUAUGAGACUAAAGUCCAAAUAUUGCAAGAAUAAAAUCUCAAAAUUACCAGAAUAAAGUCAUAAUAUUUCAACUUUAUCAUGGUAAUGUUAUCACUGUAAAUCUUGUAAAAAUCUAUUGUUUUUAUUUUCUAAUUGCAACCCUAAUAUUCUGUCAUAAUAAUUUGCUUCUGUGCAAAUGUUCAUUUAGAUUUUAGUCGUUUCUCAGCCGACCUCGGCAAACGCGGCGCGGCGUUGGAGCGAGCACUUUAGAGAGAUUUAGCGAUCUGAGAGCCAGAUCAGUAGAUUUCUAGGCAGGCAGAUGGGAGGGAAGCCAGUGUGUGUGGGGGUGGGUGUGUGUGUGGGGGUGUUUGUGGGCCCGUCUUAAGGAUUACCGUCACCCUGUGAUCCUGCAUCUGGUAUUUCUGGUGCUGAGUAAGCGUUCUGCUCCGCGCUGCAGUGGUGGAGGUUUUUGGUUUGGUUGAAAAUCAGCUCUGACCUGGUAACCCUGACAUCCGCUGACCUCUGCUGACCUCUGCUGACCUCGCCACCACUUCAUCCUACUCCCUACACUGUAAAGAGCAGAAGAUAGUAGGCACAACUAAAUGUGGCUCAAAUGUUUAAGUCAAAUAAAUUUAUCCAGUUUUAGAUUUUGAACCUAAAUGUGAGUUUGUGAAAGAUAAACUUACAGCAGUA